AACAGCUGGUGAGGGAGGGGGAGAGAGAGAGGGGGGGCGGAGUUUGAGGCCAGAGGCCCGGACGUAACCAGGACUGGUCCCUCAUCUCGGGGCUCGCUGAGAUUCUAAUGCCCUGUCGGGUUGCUCCAGAAACCGGGGAUUGGGCCCCAAUUCCCCGUCAGGUGCCAUUCUGAAGAGAAAACUUCCGGGGAGGAAUCUGACGAAAUGACGACGCGCCGCAUGAUCCGCCAACAGUACCGAGAACUAAUUUCUACCGUUCAGCAGAACCAUGAGCUGAUGCUGAGCACCAAUAAUGAUAAACUGACAGAAGCUCUAGAAGAUGCUGAUAAACUGUUCUCUGGAGUGUCCUGGGCAAGGGAGGCCGCUUUGGAUGCCCAGUUCCUAGUUUUGGCAUCAAAUCUAGGAAAAGAAAAAGCAAGCCAGUUACAUUCAGAUAUGACAGUAUUUGAUCCAUCUGCAUUUGCUGAAGAUUUAUUAUCACUUAUGGGUCUAAAUCGUUUGGAAAUAGAAGAAAGUGAUAGUGAAGAAGAACAGGUUGCUAGUGGAUUCUUACCUAAUAAUGCUUGGCAUAAGCUUGGUGAAGAAGCAAAAAAAUACUUUAGGAGGGCACCAGUUUUCCAUUUCAUGUUAGGCACUUUUACUCCUGAUCCCCCUGCUGAAAGGCCACGAAUUGAAAGGCAGCGAAAGAAGGCAACUUCAGAUGGAAACAGAGCAAUGCCCGCACAAUUAAAAAAAAUGGAAGAAUCUCAUCUAGAAGCUACUGAAAAGGAAGUAGAAAGGAUUUUGGGAUUCUUACAAGCCUAUUAUGGAGAAGAGCCUGCUACACCAAUAUCCUUCCUGGAGUUUGUGACAGACCCAAAUUCUUUUUCACGAACUGUGGAAAAUAUGUUUCAUGUCUCAUUCUUAAUAAGGGAUGGACUUGCAAGAAUAAAACUGGAUCAAGAUAAACUUCCUAUAAUAGAACCUUUACGUCCAGAAGGAGGAGAAAAUUAUGAUGAUUCUCAAGCACGGAAGCAAGCUGUCAUAUCAAUGAGCUAUCAAGAAUGGAUGAAUAUUGUGGAGAUAUUUGAAAUUUCACAGGCAAUGAUUCCACCUGUUUCACAGUCAAAGACCUGAGAUGAAGCUGAUCUGAAUAUAAGUUCCAUAGAUUUUGAACUUCAUUAUUUGUGAAUGAUGGUGUAGAGAAGAAAAAUGGGAAGUGGAAAUGCAAGGCCUAGAAGAAAGAAAGGCUGAGAAGAAAAGUGCAUCUGUCUCUCUACAUCAUAGAAUGUACUUACCUUGUUGAAAUAUUUGUUUUCUUCCAUCAUAACAACUAGGUGCAAUUCUGCAUUUGACAUAAGUGUUCAAAUGUUUAUGGUGAAAAAAAGAAUGAAGUAGAAUGUCUUUGAGAAAUGGCUUAUACAAGAACAAAGUAACUUGUUGAUGCCACUCCACAUCAUUGAAACUUUGGCAGAAGCAACAAUGUAGAAUCAAACACUUUGAUACACUUUUGCAAUGGGUUGUAUGUUUAAAAAUUUAUAAUAAUUAAUAAUUUUAAAUAUUUCUGUAGUUAUUUUUGAGUUGUUCAAGCUUGUUAAACUUUACAGAAUAAUGAAUAUAAAUAUUAAAUACAGAUGAUAACAUGUAAA